UAAGUAUCUAAAAGGUGAUUGGAUCCUUUAACUAAGGCGGGACUUCCUUUUUACAUCCGUUGACCAUUGGGUGAUCACAGCUGCUUGGUUGUGCCUUCCAAUUUCUCCCAUUCAUUUUAGAACUAUCUCUGCUAAAAAAAAAUCUCUGACUAUGCCCAGACAAGCUUAAAAACGCGCGCUCCUCUGGAACCGGACCACAGAUUGAUGACCGCCGAUUCUUUUGCACUUGUUGAAUGUUGUUAAACUCAUCGCUGAAUUUUGCGCAGAGAGAGUUACCGCGAUUGUAUCGAAAUCAUUUAGAGGGUCAGAUAAAAGUGAUUGACGGGCCUCACUGAAUCACUGACUUACUUUAAAUAAAAACAUUACAUCCUACCGGGGGACUCUGAGAUGUGGUGGUACGCAAGAAAAACCGCCAGUACUCUGUAUACUAAAUUAGAGAAGUGCAGGUACUGCGUAUACCGCACGCUCAAGAUUCAAGUCCCUGUUAACUGACACAUUGACUAUUUGCCGGCAAUUCCAAAACCAUGAUGACUGCUGCCAUGAUUCUACUGUAAAUCACACCACUAGAUUAUUAAUAUACAGGAUCUAUUCACCGCACGUGGUCCAUGUCAUGGUGGUAGCAGACUCAGCAGGACAGCCCAUACAUCCUUUUCCUCAGUCACAUCCUCCAGUUCCUGGGGGAUCCCAAGGCAUUCCCAGGCCAGCCGAGAGAUAUAAUCUCUCCAGCAUGUUCUGAGUCUGCCCUGGUGUCUCUUUCCAGUUGGACAUGCCCGGAACACCUCCCUAGGAAGGCAUCCAUGAGGCAUCCUGACCAGAUGCCUGAACCACCUCAACUGGCUCCAUUCAACAUGGAGGAGCAAUGGCUCUACUCCAAGCCUCUCAUGGAUGUCUGAGCUCCCCACCCUAUCUCUUAGGGUGAGCCCAGCCACCCUGCGUAGAAAGCUAAUUUCGGCUGCUUGUAUCUUAUUCUCUUGGUCACUACUCAAAGCUCAUGACAAUAGGUCAGGGGUGAAACAUUGAUUGAGUUGCAAAUUGAAAGAUUCGCCCGCAGACUCGGCUCCCUCUUCACCACCAUGGUCUGGCACAACGACUGUAAAGAGGCAAAGACCACAGCUAGAGCCUUUCCCCCUGCAACACAAAGUUGUACUGAGGCGACCCUCUAAUCUACCGGGCUAAACUCCAAAAUUGUGGCACACCCUGGGCAACUCCAGAGAAGGAGAGGGUCCAACCCCCAUUUAGGAGUAUGUUCCAGAGCCAGAACUGUGCGUUGAAGUGAGGCCAACUAUAUCUAGUUGGUAUUGUUCAGCUUCCCACACCAAUUCUGGCUCCUUCCCCACCAGUGAGUUACGUUCUAUAUACCAAAAGCCAGUUUCCAUGGCGAAGGUCCAGUCCGCACAGGCCUACGCCUUUGUCUGCCACCCGUUGGGCAUUGCACCCGUCCCCUAUUUUCCUCCUUGCAGGUGGUGAGCCCACAAGGAGGUGACCCAAUGUUGUUCUUACAGGGUGAGUGGCUGAGCCCUGUAGGUCAAAGCCCGGCCACAAGGCGCUCGCCAAUGAGCUCCUCUCCCAGGCCUGGCUCCAGAAGAAGGCCCCUGUUUCCCUAAUCCAGGCAAGGUGACUCUUCUGCUGCCUGAUGACCAUAUAAUGGGGGUAGUUUGGAUCACUCUUUGUCUGGGUCGGGACCAAUUUGCCAAGGGAGGCCCUACCAGGAGCUAAUGCUCCAGACAACACAGCUCCCAGGGACACUCAAACCCCUCCACUACUGUAAGAUUAACAAUUAAGUGUCUUUAAAAUUCGACUGUGGAAGUGCACGCAGAUGCAGCAGCCCCAAGCUGUUUGGCUGGUUAAUGCUUUAGUUGGCAGUAAUUUAUUGUCUUUGUCUUUAAUUUCAAGAGAAGUGAUGCAAGCAGUGGUCAGUGAAGAGUUGUGCUGUUAUAUUUGAUUGUGGUUGUUAGAAGUUUAUUCUCAAUGUAGUCCAUCCUUAGACAGAGGUGAUGCAGUCAGUACUUUUGAAUGUGCAUUGCAUAUUGUCCAUAUUAUACUGAAUGCUAUUUACAGUAGGAGUGUGGGGUAAGAUGUAUCAUUGUUAACCGGGUAUAAUGCAAGUUAAACUCAUCAACAGCAUUUGUGGCAUAAUGUUGAUUACAACAAAAAAAUAGUUUCGAUUUGCAUCUGUUUCUGUAAGGCACCUGCAAUGGAAGUGAAUGGGGCCAGCCCAUAAACACUACAAUACACAUUAUUUAAAAAGUAUAGGAACAAGAUGUAAACAUUAUAUGUUAGCAUGAUUUUACUGUGAUAAAUUUUUUUAAUGUUCAUGGAUUGGCCCCAUUCACUUGUGUUUUAAAGGGAUAGUUCACCCAAAAAUGAAAAUUCUCAUCAUUCACUCACCCUCAUGCCAUCACAGAUGUGUGACUUUCUUUCUUAUGCAGAACACAAAUAUAUAUUUCAGCUCUGUACGUCCAUUCAAUGUAAGUGAAUGGUGACCAAAAUUAGAAGCUCCAAAAAGCACAUAAAGGCAGCAUAAAAGUGAUUCAUAAGACUCUUGUGGUUAAAUCCAUUUCUUCAGAAAUUAUAUUAUAGGUGUGGGUGAGAAACAGAUCAAUAUUUAAAUCCUUUAUUUUUUUAUUUUUUUACAGUAAAUCUACACUUUCACUUCCACAUUCUUACAUGUUUUGAAAAUUAAAGUGAAUGAGGGAGAAUAUGAUAUUCAUAAUGAUGAAAGAACUUUAAUUUGGGGGUGAACUAUAACUUUAGUUUAAUGUCACCACAAUUUUUGAAAUAAAGGAGGGACGAGUAGGAGUAGAAAUAAGUUUUGUGGUAAUCACUGUGCUACAAAUGCUGUCGAUUGAGCUAACUAUUACUUUAGCUUGUCCUCCUGGCAAGGUGUAAAGUAAAACAAUAAACCUAUGUUACUUAUUUUAUGUCUGACAAAAACUUAAAAUUGAAUUAGUUAAUUAAAUAAGGGUCAGACUUCCCAUAUUUUCAAAUUGCAGCUUUUGGAUAUUUUGUGUUCUUUUUAUGACACUGUCACUGUUUGUCACUGUGGCAAAGUAAGUCCCAACUCCCAUGAAUAAUUGUGUCUGUUUGUAAUAUAUGUUUCACAGCCAUUUCAAGAUAGGGACAACAUUUAAACGUGUUAAAACAGAUUUUGCUUUUACAUUAAUUUUGGGAAAAGGAAGAAUGAAUGCUAUCAUGCAAAAUUUAUGAAAAAUAAAAGUUGUUGAACACAAAUGAAUGUUAACCUUUAGAGUGUUAGUUAAUGAAGUCUGAUUUAAUGAUUAUUCAAAUUCAUUCUCCUUUGUAUCAUAAAGCAAACACAAUUAUUUUGCUCAUAAUUUCUUCUGCAACUUCAAUGUGAUGUCAGAACAGAAGGAAACCAGGAUCUUCAAUGAGACUGAGCCAUGUGCACUAAUAACAUGGCCUAUAAUGAUCCAAACUUUAUACAUUGACCCAGAGGAGACCCUAGCAAAAUUCUUCCUGAUGUUUCUCCAACCUCCUGGUGAGAUGGAAACUCAGUAUAGACUCUCUCUCCCUCCCUCCCUCACUGUGUGUGUGUGUGUGUUAGAUUCUGUAUGUGACAGUUUUUCAGUAAUUGUCCACAGGAUGUCUGCUAGUUAGGCUGACUGUGUAUCCUAGUUAAAGGAAUUUUGAUGACAUUGUGAUGAUGGUCUUGUGCAUCACAAAGAUGCUUUAACCAAUUAACAAAGACCCGUUUAGUCUUGGACAAUGGACAAAUCUAGUAUGGGUUGGGUAUUUAAACAAGCUUCAAGCAGAUAACGGAGAGAUUCAGACCACUCUGCACGAUGAAAUUCCAGGUUUUCCAUCUCUCGUCCUCCCUUCAAACCACAGUCGUCUUCUUGCUGGUGCUGCUGGUCCAGCCUCCCAGAGGUCUCAUGCUCCCACACCACCCUGUAAUUUACCUGCCCACGCUGGACAACCCUGAGUGGGAAGCUGCGAUGCUCCAGCUGCAGGCUUCACUGGGGGCUCCAUCAGACAGACCGACGGCAGAGCUCCAGCCCUGGGCUCUGCUUCAGGAGCUGCGACCUGACGAGAUCCUGGAGAGGGUGAAGGAGGAAUUGGGCUGGCCACAGAGGGUGAAGGGCCAGAAGAGAGAGGAGCUGGACCGGAGACCCAUCGGGACAUUCCCAGACAACCACAUAGAAGCUGUGGCAUAUCCGGAGGGCAUCGAUGAAGAGGGCGGAGAGAAGAGGAACGAGGCACUCACCUCCAUUGCGGGCGGUUUGCAGGCAUUCAAUAGACAGAAAGGAGGAUUCGGCUUCCGAUUUGGCAGAAAGUGAAGGAGUGUGUGUGUGUGUGUGUGCAUGUGUUACAGUACAAAUGAAUUGCUGCCUCUUUCAGGAGAAACAAUUUUACUCUGAACUUUCAGUUUAAGCUUUAAAAUUUGGCCAUCAGAUACCAGUUUCAACAGAUAAUAACAUUGUGUUCACCAAAUGAAAAGAAGUUGCACUUUUGUUUCUGCAAGUAAUAAACAGAAAUGUUUAAUUCAUGGGAAUAAAUGCAGACUAUAAUCCACUUGCCAUUCAGUAAAAAAAAA